AUGACAACAACCAAUUACUCAAAAGGGUUCAAUGACUUGAAAAUCAAGCAGAUACUAUAUCAUCUGGAGUCCGAGACGCUUCGUGUAAGACCACUUGUCAACGGAGAUUUGAGUAGCCAGGAGACUCCAUUCUCACCAGGUGGCAACAAUGACUCUUGGUUCAGUCUGACGAAUCUUGUCAUUGGCGGCGUUGCUGGGAUAGGUGCCGUUGUUGCGGCACCCGUUGUGCUUGGGGCAGCUGAGUUUGGAGCCGCUGGUGUUGCGGCCGGAUCGUUGGCGGCUGCCGUUCAGGGAUCAGCAGUUGUUUCCGGGAGUGCAUUUGCGCUUGCGCAGAGUGCAGGUGCGGCUGGUCUUGGAGUCGGGGCUAAGGCCGCAUUGUUUAUGGGAGGGGCGGCGGCCGGGUCGGUGGCCAGCAAGAAGAACGAUUUAUAAACACAUUUGUCAACAGUGUAACAUUUGUAUCCAUUAAUUACACUGUGCUUAUAGUUAUUUUUCAAUUGUUUAGACCACCUUGAAGAAAUAAUAAGAAAUGGGUAAAUGUUUAAACCCUUUCAAUAUAGAAGAAAAGUUCUACUUAUUGAAUUAAAUGGUAUAUAAAAUGUUAAGGCAACCUUGAACAGAAAUGUUCUUAUUUAAUCCUAUUCACUUGAUUAUGUUAAGAAAGUGCACAUAAGUAUCAACUUUUGUUACAAUCCAAUUAUGUUUAUUCAUUAGCUUUCAAGCUAUUAUUUGUUGUAUAUCAUUGCAGCUAUCUGAUUCCUAUUAUACAUUUGAACCUCAAUAUAACCAACAUUUGUUCAACACUAUACAAUAAUAAAGCUUCUUUGAAAUGAAAUAAGUUUAUUUCCACUCAUACAUAGAUACGGGUCCGUG